GCUUCAUCUCUCACCAUGAGUCAAAAGAACAGGAAGGUGGUCGAUUACUCCCAGUUUCAGGAAUCAGAUGAUGCUGAUGAAGAUUAUGGGAGAGAUUCAGGUCCCCCAUCCAAGAAAAUCCGCUCAUCUCCCCGAGAGGCUAAAAAUAAGAGGAGAUCUGGGAAGAAUUCUCAGGAAGACAGUGAGGAUUCAGAGGAAAAAGAUGUGAAGACUAAGAAAGAUGAUUCGCACUCAGCAGAUGAAGAUUUUGGCAGUGAAGAUGAUGACUUAGGAGCAGAUGAUGGCAAAGCUGACAGUGACUAUGAGAGUUCUCAAAAAAGCAAAAAAGGAAAGAAGGCCAAACCAGAUAAGAAUAAGAGAGCCUCUAAAACCAGGAAAAGGCCUGCAGAGGACAGCGAGGAUGAGAAAGAAGACCACAAAAACGUGCGUCAACAGAGACAGGCAGCAUCCAAAGCAGCUUCCAAACAACGAGAGAUGCUUAUGGAUGAUGUGGGUAGUGAGGAGGAAGAACAAGAGGACGAUGAGGCACAGUUUCAAGAGAAUUCAGGAAGCGAUGAAGAUUUUCUCAUGGAAGAUGAUGAUGAUAGUGACUAUGGCAGUUCAAAAAAGAAAAAUAAAAAGGCCUCCAAGAAGUCCAAACCAGAGAGGAAAGAAAAGAAGAUGCCAAAGCCCAGGCUAAAGGCUACAGUGACUCCCAGUCCAGUGAAAGGCAAAGGGAAGGCAGGCCGCCCCACAGCUUCCAAGACAACAAAAGAAAAGACCCCAUCCCCCAAAGAAGAGGAUGAAGAGCCUGAAAGUCCUCCAGAAAAGAAAAAAUCAGCCAGCCCUCCACCAGAGAAGUCAGGGGAUGAGGGAUCUGAAGAGGAAGCACCCUCUGGUGAAGAUUAAAUGGCAGUUGAGGAUAUCUUUGUUAAAAAAGAGAGAAAAAAGGAAAAAGAAAACAUACUUAGGGGUAGAACACGGUUUUGGCUGUGGCUUGACUCAUGGGCUUUGAAUGCUGUCUUUACUUUCAGCUGUUUAAUACAGUGUAUCCUUUUUUUAAUAAGAGGAAACCCUCAUACAGUAAUAUUUUGAAGUCACUGUUCUCUGUUGGCCAUUCCGUUCUCCCUUCCCCUCCAAAUCCAAAAGCCAUUUGAGACAAAUUAACAGACCAUUUGAAUAUAUAUAUUUUUUUUCAAGGGAUACUGCAGUU